GGGACUGAUGAUUACUUCCUGUGGCUUUUAUUUGAAGCUGUUUUGUUUUAUUGGUAUCUGUGAUAAAAAAAUAAUAAAAUCAAAGAUUAAAUUUUGUCCACUCAUAUUUAAUUUCGCAUUUUUAACUUACCUCUCUAGAAACUCAAGAAGUUUAUCCUACAGGAUAGCGUAAACUAUUCUCAUAAACAGUUUCCGAUUGAAUAUAUUAACUUUUAAACACUUGCUUCAGCAUUUUUUGAAAAAAUGCAUUAGGUCGCAAGAACCAACUUGCCGGACUGUUAUUUUACGACCUUUGUUUUGCACGAUAAUUCAGUGCAGUGCAAAUAGUCGCAAAAACCAAAUUGCACUCGAAAAUGAUAAAGUCAUUAUGCGUCUUAAAUUCAAACAGUUUUGUAAAAGUUAUUUAUUGACAAAAUGAAACCGAGUUUUUACCAAACGUAAAAUACAUUUUUAUUAUUCGUUUGCAGUCAAUAACCCCAUUUUGUGUAUAUUGGUUCAUACGACCUAAUCAAAACAUACUCUAGAAUUAUUUGAAAUUAUUUAAAAUUCUAAAAAUAUUAACUUCAUAAAAGGAGAAAAGUCUUUCACAUCCCUAUCCAGAAAUGGGUGAGAGCUGGUUUAACAUCUAACUAUUUUGAUUAGAUUAGUUUUUUCGUGUGUUUGUUUAUGUUCUCGAUUUUUCUGCGAAAAAGGGGCGAUUGUCCGCUGCUCAAAGUCAAUAAAUCUUAUUUAAGUUAAGUUUUAGUUAGGAAUAAGUGAAAAAUGGCUGCAAACGAAAACAACGGCUCGUUUCCCACAAAUGUGACAGUACUACAGUAUUUAUUAGAAAAUGAUACGGCAAAAAGUGCAACUAAAACUAACGGAUUGUCCGACCAAUCAGAAGCCGUUGCAGAUCUUUCUUCAGCUAGUGAUGAAUUGGAUGAAUCAGAUUUCGAAGAAUACGAAAACACGGAGAGAUCGAACGCCGAGCCGGUCAAAGUCUUCGAAUGCCCCGUACCCGAUUGCAAUAAAGUAUACCUUCAGCAAGAGCACCUGAAAGCCCACGAAAAAAUACAUUCAGGUGAGUUUAUUUGCAAAUGGGUAUCGGGACCAGACGAACAAGAAACUUCGGCAGCUGGAAGUAGUGGAUUAAAAUUUCUUCUUGAAAAUGAGGACGUCGAACUAGUUUACGAUGAGGAGGAUGAAGACGAAGCAGUUCUGUAUGGUUCGGAUGUCGAAAGUUCUAAUUUAUUGCACACAGGGUUACUCGAAGUUGAGUCAGAGGACCAAUCAUCUUCGGAAAACGAAUUGUUAUCGGAAGAUAUGUCAAUGUCAGAGGUAACGACUUCGAACCAACUAAACAAUAGAGAUGGGAACAAGUUAAUUCGAGUUUUCGAUGCCGAAGUGGAUACAAAGAACAACUUAGUUGUUUUAGAAGAAGAUCCGGAAGAACAUAUUUAUUUGAAUAAUCAACCAAUGCGCAUUUCCUCCAAAAAGGCUCGCAACUUUCCAUGUCCUUGGGAAGGGUGUGAGAAAACCUACACAAAAUCUUCGCAUAUCACGGUUCAUAUGAGAACUCAUACAGGAGAUUUACCGUACGUUUGCAGUUGGGAGGGAUGCAAUAUGAAGUUUUCACGUUCAGAAUCGCUCUCCAGGCAUUAUAGGAAACAUUCCGACGAGAGAAAUCAUAUCUGUCCACAUUGUCCUGCCAAAUUUCUUCGAAGUGAUCAUCUUUUCAAACACAUUAAAACGCACAGACCUCCCGAGGAAAUGUUGGAAAAACAACCGGCUGAAGAAGAAAUCAAACAGAACAAACCUAAAAAGCCAACAUCUACUAAACUCUCUGCAAUUUCAAUUAGAAAGGCCAAUAAAUCACAUUUAAAACAGGCUAGCCCUCUUAACAAGACAACCGAACGGAAUUUUCAGUGCGGCUUCGCUGGAUGUACGAAAAGUUACACUAGGGCUAGCCAUCUGAAGGCACAUGAAAUUUUGCACAGCGAAAGUCAACCUUUUCGGUGUCCUUGGGAGGAUUGUAAUCAGUCUUUUGCGCGAUCCUUCGAACUGUCCCGUCACCGAAGACAGCAUACUGGCGAGAAGAAGUUCGUUUGCCACAUCUGCCAGCAGGCUUUCGCUAGAAGCGAUCAUCUGUCGAUGCACGUGAAGCGCCACAUUUAUACGAUAAAGGAGGAUAUUGACUGAAUGCAUUAAAAGAAAACCUCUACCAAAAAUUGUAAAUAUAUAACUUAAAAAACAAAAAGAUUUUUAGAGCAGCAGUUAUAAAUCACAGCCCCUUUUUAUAAACAGAGUACAGUAAUUUUUUUACAUAUAGGUACCACGUAAAAACCCGUACCAAAAAACGUGGUAAUUCUUGAAAACCUUGUAAAAAACUGUGGUUAUUCACGAGAACCGUGUAGAAAAAAACCUUGUUAUUGCGGAAAACCGUAUAGAAAACUUUUUACGUUGGGACUGUGGUGACUUGCUCUGAAAGUUGAUCACCAUGCAUAAAAAAUGCGACCUGAAUGACAACUUCUAAUUUCGAAUGCUGAAAAAGCUCACAGAUCAUGCGAGAUCUAAUACGGAUCAGAAGAAAGGAUGAACGGAGAGAAAGAGUCAGCCAAACUUAACAAGCUAAAGUAUGGUCUUGGGCCUCGUCUGACACCACAAAUCAAAAGCAACUCCUGACACCACAGAUAAAAAGCAACGCGAUCUUGGGAGUGGUAUAACCCUUAUCUGAACUAAUACGUAUGGUUAGGCUUAAAAGAUCUCAGGUACUCAGCUUCGAUCUUUUCUGCAGCAAGAGGAAGCGGAGACACUCUUCUGUACCAGUCUGAAGCUGGCGAAAGAGAAAAAAUGAGUGCGAUGUAAAGGGUGUUCGGAUCAAAAAGUGGUCAAAAUAAAUUACGUGUAAAUCGAUUAUAUGUUUACUAAAAAAAAAUCAAAGUAUUUUUCUUUUUAAAGUAUCUGUUAAAAGACGGAAAAAUACUCAGUUAAGAUUCCGGUCUACUUAGUUCGAAUCGGCGAGACUUUCUUUUGACGCUUGCCAUCAGAUUUUGUACAGUCACCUUAUCCACUUUUUACGGUGCAGAACGCCGAAUGUUGUUAACGACAUGGCCAGAAAAGUAAUGUUUAUUCAGGAAAGGCAGCAAACGCUUUUGAAGACACUCUUUCACGUAAAUUUCCUGGUUGACGGUCCCGGCUGCUACGAAAAUGUCGCUUUACGAGCCUCAGGUACAGAUAGCUUACCAAACGAGAUUUUUCUUGGCAAACUAUGAUAGUUUAAUAUGCUUUUAAAUCUGCCACCUUUCCCCAUCCGGUUGCUGUAUAAAAUUCUUGUCCCGCAAGCUGACUGAAAUCUGCAUUGGUGUGGGUUUCGUCGUCCACAGAGGCUACAGAAAUGUUUUAUUUUAUUUUUGCAAAUCAAAGCACAACAUAAAUAGGAAAAAAACCAACUUAUAAU